GUAAGGAGCACGUGUAACUGCGGUUCGUUCUCUAUUUUAAGAUGGCGGUCCUCGAGAAGGAAGACUUUUGGGGCGGUAAGCUUAGUAAAAGCUCACCUGAGGUURAAUUCAACCCAGAGUUUGAAGAUAGCGAAUUAUCAGAGGUGGAUCACAAGUUGAUUUUAAGUCAGGCAUGUCUGGGUAGUAAAGCUUCUGGCCGUAAUGUCGUAGAAGUAACAGCUGUAGAUUUCCAAGGCAAUGAGUGUACACAUACAAUAGUCGCACUAAGGGAAGGAUCACUGGAAAUGUGCACAUUAAACCUCACCUUCAAUCCUCCUGCUACUUUUAAACUCAUAGAAGGAUCUGGACCAGUACAUCUAACAGGAAGUCAUGUACAAAGCUUAGCAGAGGAGGAGGAAGAAUCUGAGGAGGAAUCAGAUGAAGAAGUCCCUGACUUGGUAGAGACUAAAAAGCAGCAAAAAAGACCUCUACCGGCCAGCACUCCAAAAGGACCUCCAAAAAAAAUAGCAAAGGUUGAUGAAGAAGAGUCUGAUGAGGAAGAGUCUGAUGAAGAAGAGUCUGACGAGGAAGAGGAGGAAUCUGAUGAAGAAGAGGAAGAAGAAAAAAGCAAGAAACCUUCCAACAAAAAAGAUACAAAAAAGGAUUCCGAAAAGCCAUCAGAUCUUUUGGAUAAUGAAGCAGAAGAAGGUGAAGAGAGCGAAGAUGAAAGUGAUGAGGCAUCUGAUGCCGAAGAAGAUGAUGAUGAAAGUGAUGAAGAGGAAGAGGAUGACUCAGAUGAGGAGGAAGAGAGCGACGAGGAGGAAGAUGAGGUUACAGCCACAUUAACAGCAAAGAAAAAGAAACAAGGAGACAAGAAACAGAUGACUAAUGGAGUAGGACCCAAGAAGGCUGGUAAAGAAGCCAAAACCCCACAAGGAAAAACACCUCAAGGAAAAACACAAAAGACACCACAGACCAAAACACCGCAGUCAAAAACACCACAACCCACCAAGGAUAUUGAAACAAUUAAGCAAGCUUUAGUGAAGUCACCAGCUCUGCCCAAAAAGUUAGAUAAGUUCCAGAAUUUCAUGCGUUCUUCAUACAAGUUAACAGAUAAAGAUACUGUGAAAGACCUGUGGGACUAUGUGCAGAAGAACAAGAAAUAAGAAUGAGAAUACAUAUCUUUUUUGUUAUAAUUUACGAAAUAAAGGGUUUUGGAUAGAUGUA